CGCUCCCCUGUUCAAGGGAGGCUACUCUUAUUUAUGUUAAUUUCAUUUCAUGAAACAGCAUCUUUAAGAAUGGCGUUGAGCUUAGACGACAAACUUCUGGGUGAGAAAGUCGAAAACUAUUGUAGUAGUAGUGAAGACGAGGACGGACAUGAUUCUGAUGAGGACUCUGAACACAAAGAGCCUGGGCAGAAAAUGCCACAAUUUAUACCUGAGGCUAAACUCAGCGACUAUGCUGGUAGUUCCACAAACACAGGUCCUAAGGGUGUGAUCAAUGACUGGCGAGAAUUUAAGAGACUUGAAACAGAGCGACGUGAAGAGCAUGAAAAAGAAAGAAAACAGUUGAUGAGCAAACUUCAACUCACAUGCAGGUCCCAUUUGAAUGAUGAAGAAGAAAAGAAGAAAGAUGAGGAGUUUCUUCAACAGUUGGAGCAACUAGACGAUGAAUUUCUGAAGCAAUACAGACAGAAACGAAUAGAAGAAAUGAGAAGAGCCCUAGACGAUGCACCAAAAUUUGGAAAAGUACAGCAGCUGGAUAAAACAUCAUUUAUUGAUGCAAUUGAUAAUGAGAAAUAUAAUGUCAAAGUCAUAAUACAUGUGUAUGAAAACAAUGUUGAAGCAUGUGCUGCUAUGGAUGGUUGUUUGAAAUGUCUUGCACAGGAUUAUAUGAAUAUUAAAUUCUGUCGAAUCAAGGCAACAGAUGCUAAGCUUAGCAAGAAAUUUUCCAGCAGUGGUGUCCCUGCCCUUUUGGUAUACAAAGGAGGGGAAUUAAUUGGAAAUUUUAUAAGGCUUGGAGAUGAAUUUGGUGAAGAUUUUUUUGCCUCAGAUGUAGAAAGCUUUCUCCACGAGCAUGGGAUGUUGCCAGUCCUUGAAAACAGCUGCAUCAGAGACCAAAACACAGGCGAAUUAAGAGCUGUUUUGCCACAAGACGAUGAAUUUUACAUUGAUUAGACAAACCUUUAUAUAUUUUUAGAAUAUUUUAAUAGUUUUCAGAACUCAUUGAAGCGUUUUUAAGCCUUAAGCCACCUUAGAAAAAGUUGGCAUAUAUCAUGUCUUUAUGUCUAUACAUCUGUACGAGACUCCCUGUCUCAGCCAUAACUAUGCCAAAUAUUGAUGGAUUUUGAAAUAAUUUGGCACACAUAUCAACCAUCAUAAGACAAUAUGUUGCAUAUGAGAAACGUCUCCCUUUCUUUAAGGUCAAGGUCACACUGAGAUGUAAAAUUUGGCCAUGAAACAGCUUUAUAAUUACUGUCAUGGUCAUUACUUUGGCAUAUAUUGAUGGAAUUAAAAAUAAAUUGGCACAAAUACAAUAAAUCCUAACAUGACUUCUUGGGUGUAACACUUGUCUUGGAACCUCAAAGGUCAGUCACACAAAGAGUUCAAAUGUCAAAUUUGGCCAUAAAACAGACUGUCUGGACUGUACCUUGUCAUUAAUUAUGCUAUUAAGAUAACUCACCACUGAUGACCAAUACCAUUUCACCAAUAAUGGUCAGAGAUCAAAUUUGGCUUAAAACAGCUUGUUCAAGCUGUAACAUUGUCAUCCACUUGCGAUUUUUGGAUAACUUUCCACAAAUGACUAUCUUGAGUAGACCGAGUGUUGUAUGUAAAAUUAAUCUCCUCGAUUCCAGGGCGUAAGUCACACUAACAGGUCAAAAGUCAAAGUUGACACUAAAAAGUUUGAGACAGAAGUAGAUUAUGGGGUCAUCAUUCUGUGCCCUUUGGACACUUGUCUUCCUACCAGCAUUUACAUAAAAUACACAUACAAAUUACAUAAAUCUACAGAGUAAUGUAUUAUCUUUCAUUUGUCAAGAGACACAACAGUAAAAAGUUGAGGAAUUCAGAUCCAAUAAGGUUUGGCUCUAAUGUAUGUGUUACAUUAUUUGUCCCCUACCGGUUUCACUGGAGGGGACUUAUGGUUUGCGCUCUAUCUGUCAGUCUGUCUGUCAGUCAGUCACACUUUUCUGGAUCCUGCGAUAACUUUAAAAGUUCUUAAUAUUUUUUCAUGAAGCUUGAAACAUGGAUAGAUGACAAUAUGGGCAUUAUGCACGUCAUUUCAUUUUGUUCCUACGUCAAAUAUUCUGGUUGCUAUGGCAACAAAUAGACUAGAAAUACUGUUGAAAAUUGUGGUUUUCUGGAUCCUGCGAUAACUUUUAAAGUACUUUAUAUUUUUUUCAUGAAAAUUGAAACAUGGAUAGAUGGCAAUAUGGACAUCAUGCAUGUCAUUUCAUUUUGUUCCUAUGUCAAAAAUUCUGGUUUCUAUGGCAACAAAUAUUGAAGAAAAAAAAUCUGACAAUGGUGGAAUUUCUGACAAUGGUGGAGCCGGUAGGGGACAUACAUUGCUUGGCAAUAGUCUUGUUAAAGUAAGUGUGAAGGAAUAAGGAGUAGUAACAAAAAGCCUGUGUAAUUUUCUGUUUUGAUUUUGUAUAUUUUGUUAUACUUCUUCCAUGUGAAUUGUAUAGUCACUUAAUAAAGCUUACAAAGAAGA